AUGGGAACAACACAAUUGAAUAAUAGCGAAUUCGACGAAUCAUUCACAGAAAAGAGUGUUCAUUUUGAUAGUAUGGCGGAACAAACUACCAGUAAGCAAGAUGCGAAAAGUGAGGAUGGAUCUGAACAGGGAAUUUAUUUAUUGAUUUCUCACGGAGGAAGAAUGCAUGAUCCUCGUGGAGGACGAAGGAUUGUUUCCUUCAUGGAGGGCCACAUAGAGUUGAUCCACACGAAAGACCUCACGAUAGAGUUGAGAGAAGAGAUGUGCACCAUGGUCCUCCUCGCAUUCGGGAAUUUAGACAUGGACCUCAUUUCGUGCAUAAUUCAAAAAAAGAAUUUGAUAGCGAAUGCAGUUAUGGUCCUUAAUCUGAUUCGGAGGCAGAAUUUCAUCGUAAACCAAGACACCAUGGAAAACCUAAUCGUCAUUCUCAUGGUUUUGAUGGCGAACGCGAUUAUGGUCCUUGUAGAAUCUGAUUCGGAGGCAGAAUUUCAUCGUAAACCAAGACACCAUGAAAAACCUAAUCGUCAUUCUCAUGGUUUUGGCCCCGUGAACGUGGAGAUAGACCUCGAGGUGGUCCCCGUAGUGAACUUAAGAUUGAUGAUAAUAUUCAUUUGCCCUUUCAUGAUCCUCGGGAGCGUAGACAUGGGCUUCGAGGUAGUUCUCACGAUAGAUUUGAAACUGAAGAACUUGAUCAUAUUUCUCGGAAACAUCCUCAUGGAUUCGGUCCUUGUGGAAAAUUUAGGACUGAACAAAAUGAAAAGCCAUUCCAUCAUGGAAAACCUGGAAAUUGUGAAUGCAAGAUUUGAAGUUAGAGAAGAUGUAAAAGAAUUCCCCCAUAAACAUAGACAUCAUGGUGGGCCCCCUUCGUUUAGAACGUAUGAGCAUGGACGUAGAAAUAAAUAUGAACAUGGUCCCCGUGGUAGAUUUGAGAAGGAAUUGAAAAAUCACUCUGACCAUUCCGAAAAUUAUGGGCACGAAAAUCGUCUUCGUGGUCAUAGAUUUGAACAUAGUAGACACGGAUCUGGAUCAGAUUAUUCAAGUAAAAGUUUUAGACAUCAUCGUGGUGAUCAGAAAGAAGAAAAAGAUGAUGAGAGUAAAGACGAGGAUAACGAAGGAAAAAAUAGAGAUGAUGAAGGGAAGGAAGAUAACGAAGGAAAAAAUGGAGAUGAUAAAGGGGAGGAAGAAGAAAACGGAGAGAGUAGAGAAUAUUACAUUAUUGCUGGGGAUAAG